AACCUCCAAUUUAAAGGGUUACGUCGAGGCGUUUUGUGUGGCUUACUUUUUUUAACACUAUAACUAUAGAACACUCGUGGGAUCCAAUGCUCUUUAGGACAAGAUUUUAUCAGACGAGAAAAAAGUAAAAUCAAUACGAAAUGUUUUAAUAUAUGGAUGACUGCAACAACAAUAACAAAAAAAAUAAUGAUUGAAAGGAAAUAUCAUCACGCAAAACCUUAAAAGUACUAUCGGUAUCGUGUCCUCCUCUCCUCAUCAAAUAGUUCCCACAGUUUUCACAUCAAUUUAACCAUUUUCAAUUUUUUUCACUCUCUGUCUCUCUCCUUCGUAUAAUACUAUAUUAGUACCAUUACCCAUCUCUCUUUCACCACCAAACCAACAUCUGCAAAUCCUCUCUCUCUCUCUCACUCCAAGAAAAAAAAAAAAAUGUCAGUCAACCAUUACCACAACACUCUCUCGUUGCAUCAACACCACCAAAACGACGUAGCCAUAUCACAAAGAGAGUCUUUGUUCGAGAAAUCACUCACACCAAGCGACGUCGGAAAGCUAAACCGCUUAGUCAUACCAAAACAACACGCCGAGAAAUACUUCCCUCUCAAUAAUAAUGGCGGCGACGAUGACGUGGCGACGACGGAGAAAGGGAUGCUUCUUAGCUUCGAGGAUGAGUCAGGCAAGUGUUGGAAAUUCAGAUACUCUUAUUGGAACAGUAGCCAGAGCUACGUGUUGACCAAAGGAUGGAGUAGGUACGUCAAAGACAAACACCUCGACGCAGGCGACGUUGUUUUCUUUCAACGUCACCGUUUUGAUCUCCAUAGACUCUUCAUUGGCUGGCGGAGACGCGGUGAAGCUUCUUCAUCUCCCGCCGUCUCCGCCGUGUCUCAAGAAGCUUUAGUUAAUACGACGGCGUAUUGGAGCGGCAUGACCACACCUUAUCGUCAAGUACACGCGUCAACUACUUACCCUAAUAUUCACCAAGAGUAUUCACACUAUGGCGCCGUCGCUGAUCAGGCUCAGUCGAUACCACCGGUGGUCGCAGGGAGUUCGAGGACGGUGAGGCUAUUUGGCGUGAACCUUGAAUGUCACGGUGAUGCCGUCGAGCCACCACCGCGUCCAGACGGCUAUAAUGGCCAACACAUUUACUAUUACUCAACUCCUCAUCCCAUGAAUAUAUCAUUUGCUGGGGAAGCAUUGGAGCAGGUAGGAGAUGGACGAGGUUGAUGACAUUCAAAAAGAAGUGACAACUUUUUAGAUUUUGACUUUAGAUUAUGGGCCCAUACUUGGCCCAAUUGUCAUAGAGAAACACCCAGAGGAGAAUUAAUAUCAGUAGCUUCGUUAUGUAUUUACUACUAUUUAACUAAUUUGAAACAAAAAUAAAAGAGGAUUAUUUUUGUCUACAUUUGAGUCAUCAGAACAGAAAAAUAUAUGCAAAAAGAUGUAAAUUAGUGGGUAUCUCAUCUUUAGUAUUUGAAGGCUGAAGUAAAAUCAAUGAAA